UCAAUUAAGCUUUCCCUUUGAGGGUACAAAUCAAACUGAGUACCUUGUGAGAGGAAGUACUCCCAUAGCUUUUUGCACUAUGGGAUCAUCCUUAAGUUGUUGUGGCAAUGAGAAGAUCGAUGAUGGGGCAAACUUAAUUGGUGGAGGGAAUAAUACUGCUACUUCAUGGAGGCUUUUCACGUACAAGGAGUUACAUGCUGCAACUAAUGGUUUCAGUGAUGAUAACAAGCUUGGAGAAGGUGGAUUCGGCAGUGUCUACUGGGGUAAAACCACCGACGGUCUUCAGAUUGCAGUGAAAAAGUUGAAAGCGAUGAACUCAAAAGCAGAAAUGGAAUUUGCUGUGGAAGUAGAAGUGCUUGGAAGGGUUCGGCACAGGAAUUUGCUAGGGCUAAGGGGAUACUGCGUUGGGACAGAUCAACGGCUUAUAGUGUAUGAUUACAUGCCUAACCUAAGCUUAUUGUCUCAUCUCCAUGGUCAAUUUGCUGGUGAAGUGCAAUUAGAUUGGAGGAGGAGGAUGAAGAUUGUCAUUGGUUCAGCAGAAGGCCUCUUGUACCUACACCAUGAAGUUACACCCCACAUCAUUCAUAGAGACAUAAAGGCAAGCAAUGUGCUAUUGGACUCAGACUUUGAGCCAUUAGUUGCAGAUUUUGGAUUUGCAAAGCUAAUACCAGAAGGUGUUAGUCAUAUGACAACUAGAGUUAAAGGCACAUUGGGGUACUUAGCACCUGAAUAUGCAAUGUGGGGAAAAGUCUCUGAAAGUUGUGAUGUAUAUAGCUUUGGAAUCCUCUUGCUAGAGAUUAUUACCGGAAGAAAACCUAUAGAAAAGCUUCCCGGCGGUGUUAAGAGGACUAUAACUGAAUGGGCAGAGCCAUUGAUCAUUAAAGGAAGAAUCAAAGACCUUGUUGAUCCCAGGCUUCGAGGAAACUUUGAUGAAACUCAGCUUAAACAGACUAUCAAUGUUGCUGCCUUAUGUGUGCAAAAUGAGCCCGAAAAGCGACCCAGUAUGAAGGAAGUGGUCAGCAUGCUUAAAGGGUACGAUUCCAGAGGCAGAGUGAUGCAAACAAGGAUUGACAGUGCUAAAUAUAAGGAAGAAUUGCUUGCACUUGACCAAACUAGUGAUGAUGGUGGUGGUGGUGGCGGCGACCCUGAUGAAAGUGAGUACGGUGUUUUUGGUGCAAUGGAGGUUCAGAAAAUGCAAGAUCCUUACAGGCGUCUUGGUGAUAAUAUGAAAAUGGCUAAAUAUGUGUAGGACAACUUGUUUAUUCUCCACAUAUUUUGUCAAUACGAAGACGAAUAAUUAAUUUAAUAUUUCUAUUAUUGCAGGCGGAAAGUUUGUUGAUCCAUUAUAUAUAAUAUUUAUUUAUGUACACUUUUUUUUCUUUUAAUUACAAGGAAAAUGUGAAGUAAGAAAUCUUAUUCAUAUGAAGAUCGACUAAGAAGGUAUUCGAUUUAGAAAUUUGAUGCAGCUAGUAAUUUUUGCUCACUGAAAGUUAUAUUAAAGUAUUUAAUAAAGAUUUAAAAAAUAACAAUUGAUGGCUGAUUUAGUCACAAUUAGCUGCUGACUGUAUUAUUUCUAUUUUAGUAUUUUUUUUAUCAGCUUAUAGAAUAUUUGAUUAUUUUUUAUUUGGACAUUAUUAUUCUUAUUAAAAUUUAUUAAUAAUAAUUUAUUUUAAAUUGAU